AUAGGGUUGUCAGUGAGCUUGUAUGUAUACAUUGACUAAUAUAUAUACUAGCAAAGCUUGUGUAGAUGCAACAUACUUCUACGUUUGACUAUUAUCGUGUGGUUUUCAAUAAUGAUCGACGUUGCAUGCAAAUAAUAAGUCUUAUCACAGACUUAUUUCAAGAUAUUAUACAGCGGCCGACGUUAAUUUACAUAGUACUAGACUAGAUUUUUGUUUUUCGAUACUGCAAAACAAUAGACAUGGAUCAAGUUAGACAAGUUGCUCUCAUUACCGGCAUAACCGGUCAGGAUGGUUCGUACUUGGCAGAAUUUCUUAUUGAAAAGGGAUAUGAAGUUCAUGGUAUAAUAAGGAGAGCAAGUUCGUUUAAUACUACAAGAAUUCAACAUCUGUAUGAUGAUCCAAAAUGUCACAAACAAGGUAAAAUGCAACUUCAUUAUGGCGACAUGACUGAUUCCAGUAGCCUUGUCAAAGUCAUCAGUAAAGUGCAACCAACAGAAAUUUAUAAUUUAGCUGCUCAAAGUCAUGUUAAAGUCAGUUUUGAAUUGAGCGAAUACACAGCUGAAGUUGAUGCAGUUGGCACUGUUCGCUUGUUGGAUGCAAUCAACACGUGUGGUUUGGAAAAAAAAGUUAAAUUUUAUCAAGCUUCUACCUCUGAGCUGUAUGGAAAGGUAAAAGAAGUACCACAAAAUGAAAAAACUCCAUUUUAUCCUCGAUCUCCAUACGCUUGUGCCAAAAUGUACAGUUACUGGAUUGUUGUAAAUUAUAGAGAAGCCUAUAAUAUGUAUGCAUGCAAUGGUAUACUUUUCAAUCAUGAGAGUCCUCGCCGUGGGGAAAAUUUCGUAACUCGAAAGAUAACACGAUCCAUAGCAAAAAUUCAUUUGGGUUUUCAAGAAGUUUUAGAACUUGGUAAUUUAGAUGCCAAAAGAGAUUGGGGUCAUGCCAAAGAUUACGUCAAGGCCAUGUGGUUGAUGCUUCAACAGAAUACCCCAGACGAUUAUGUUAUCGCAACAGGGGAGACUCAUAGUGUUAGAGAAUUUGUUGAGGUAGCUUUCAAAAUAGUAGGAAUAACUAUUAAAUGGGAUGGCAAAGAUGUUAAUGAAGUCGGUAAAGAUGCGAAAUCAGACCGUGUACUUGUUAAAGUAAAUCCGAAAUAUUUCAGACCAACUGAAGUUGAUCUUUUACUGGGUGAUGCCAGCAAAGCAGAAGAAAAAUUGGGUUGGAAACCGACUGUAUCAUUCCAAGACCUAGUUAUUGAUAUGAUGCAAGCUGAUCUGGAACUUAUGAAAAAAAAUCCAGUUGCCUAAAUUUUCUUAUGAGAGGUUCAUCUUUUUCUUUUAUAACUGUAUGCACAAAGUAAUAUAAUAAUCAGUAGCGGUGCUUUUAUCAAAGAAAUAGAACUUACUUUUUAAAGUGUGAGCAGUAAUUUUACGUUAUGACGUUGUCUACCACAUCGGAUGAGCAUUCCUUAGAAUUUAAUUAUGACUUGAGAGAAGUAUUUUCAUAAUAAAUACAAAUGAUGUUCAAGUUUUUGUAUUAAUGUACACAACUUUUGUUCAUAGCUCUUUCAAAAUGACUUUUGCACUUUUGAAAUUAAGCUAUUUUCAUUUUCACAGUAUUUGCAAGACUUAUUUUAUCGAUAAAAGUGAGUGUUUUUAUUCAGCAACUUGAAUAAAAUGUAUGAUUACAGUUAUUUGUAAAUUCUUUAUAGAUGUAAUUUUACAAUUCUAUACUGAAUAAGUGCAAUAAUAUAAAAUUAUAUAUAUUUUGUUGUUUAUAAUUUAAUUUAAAAAUCUAUGAU